GUAAAUGACGGGAGUUACCCCAUUUUGGACCUCGGUGUUACAGUAGUGGAGCUAGCUGGGUGUUAGCUUUCAACAGCGCGUUAUUACGUUAUUUUUUCCCGCGUUGUUAUUGAGUUCGGGUCCACAGGAGUCCGUCCCGGGUCCACAUCUGGAUCUGACUCCUUCUUCGUCUGAGGAAUGGACGGAGAAGAGGAGGACUUCAUGUCCGCGAGCCACUCCGACGACGGCGGCGGCACCCCCGUUCAGGACGAGCACCCGGCGUCGGAUGGCGAGGAGGCGCGGAGCGGCGGACACCAAUCUGAGGACGAGGGCAGCAUGGACGGGGAGGCCCCGGGCGCCAUGGCGACCAGCGGGGCGGCCAGCGGCUCCGACAACGAGGGGCGCCGCGGAAACGACAGCGACUCGGAGGACGAGGCCCCCGGUCGCCGCGCCGACAGCGACUCGGAGACGGAGGCCCCUGGUCGCCGUGCCGACAGCGACUCGGAGACGGAGGCCCCUGGUCGCCGUGACAACAGCGACGCCGACUCCGCCUCCUCGCCGGUCAAACGCAGGGUGAGCGCCUCGGACAACGAGGAGGACUCGUCGCCCGUCAAACACAGAGCGUCGGACGACGAGGACGGGGCGGCGUCGCCCGCCCGGCGCCGGGGGGGCGGCUCGGACAUGGAGGAGGGGGGCGAGGGGGGGGAGGGGGGGGAGGGGGGGCAGGGGGGGCAGGAGCCCGGAGCCGCCGCAGACAGCGACUCGGAGAACGAGGACGCCAAGCCGGCGGCGUCUCCCGACCGCCGGGCCCGCCCCCCCGACAGUGACUCUGAGACGGAGACGCCCGGCAGACGGGCGGCGGCGCAGAGACGCUCGGACGGCGAGGAGGGGGGGGCGGGCGGAGGGGGGGGCAAGUGGAAGGCUGUGAUGCAGUCGGACAGCGAGGAGGAGGAGGAGGAGGAGGAGGAGGGGGGGAAGAAGGCGGCGGCAGGAAGUGACGGAGAGCAACAGGAAGAAGAGAAGAAGAAGGACGACAGCGACGAUGAAGACGAGAAGCCGGUGAAGAGGAAGAAGACCAUCCUGUCAGACAGCGAAGACGAGGAGACGACGGACAAACCAGCAGCGAAGAGGACUCGGGCGGUGUCGGACGACGGAGACUCGGGCAGCGACGGCGGCCCGCUCGGCCCCGACAGGAACAUGGCCGCCAAGCUGAGAGAGCUGGGCUCGGACAGCGGCAGCGAGGACGAGGGCCCGGCGAGGACCGGGGGACACAAGGACGAGAAGGCGCUGUUCGGCAGCGACAGCGAAUCAGGAGAAGGCGAGGAGGAGGAGAAAAUGAUCGCCGACAUCUUCGGAGAGUCGGGAGACGAAGAGGAAGAGGAGUUCACGGGUUUCAACCAGGAGGAUCUGGAGGGGGACAAGAAGGAGGUGAAGGAGGAGCAGCAGGAGCAGUCGGACUCAGAUGAAGGAGUGGACCGCAGCGGCCAAGACACCAGCUUAAUGUCGGACUUCGACAUCAUGCUCGCUAAGAGGAAAGCCAUGAACAGCAGGAAGCGGCGGCACCGCGACGGGGGGACGUUCAUCAGCGACGCCGACGACGUGGUCAGCGCCAUGAUCACCAAGAUGAACGAAGCCGCCGAGGAGGAUCGGACGCUCAACAGUCAGAAGAAACCGGCGCUGAAAAAACUCACGCUGCUGCCACAGGUCGUCAUGCACCUGAAGAAACAGGAUCUGAAGGAGACGUUCAUCGACAGCGGCGUGAUGUCGGCCAUUAAAGAGUGGAUCAGUCCUCUUCCUGACAAGUCUCUGCCGGCCCUCAGGAUCCGAGAGGAGCUGCUCAGGAUCCUGCAGGAACUGCCCAGCGUGAGCCAGGAGACUCUGAAGCACAGCGGCAUUGGACGCUCCGUCAUGUUUCUCUACAAACAUCCCAAAGAGUCUCGGUCCAACAAAGACCUCGCUCUCAAACUCAUCAAUGAGUGGUCGCGGCCGAUAUUCGGCUUGACAUCAAACUACAAGGGCAUGACGAGAGAGGAGCGCCAGCAGAGAGAUCUGGACCAGCAGAUGCCUCAGAGACAACGACUCAGUCAGCCUCAAAAAGUGGAGAGGGCGGAGGAACCUGACGUCUUCUCUCCACCAAUCAGUUCGGGGGGUCAGACGCCCCGGAGAGACCUGGAGAAGCAGCUGACCGGGGAGGAAAAAGCUCUGCGACCCGGAGACCCCGGGUUCUGCGCCAGGGCCCGGGUGCCGAUGCCCUCCAACAAAGACUACGUGGUACGACCCAAGUGGAACGUGGAGAUGGAGUCCAGCAGGAGCGGCUAUAAGAAAGGCCUCAGCAUGAUGGAGAAGCACAAGCGGCGCUUUGCCGAGCAGAGGAAACUGGGCCGCCUGCAGGGAGCCGUCAAGAUCAGCAUAGAAGGAAACCGAAUGCCCCUGUAGCUCUGCAGGGGGGCGGGGGGGCACACGGCCAGGUGAAGAAGGGAAUGUCCCGCGUGGAUAAACAGAUGCGUCGCAUCGCCGACAUCCGCCGCCUCACCAAGCCGGGCCACGCCGUCAAGAUCAGCGUGGAGGGGAACCGGAUGCCCCUCUGAUCCCACCCUCAUAGGAUCUAGUCUCUUCAGUUUUUGCUUUUUCGUUCUUCUUUUUAAUGUGUUGUUUUCCUCAACAACCCCCCCCAGGUCCUGCCUUAAUCAAGCCUGAGGUCAGACCUCUGGAUGGGACUCUGCUGUAAACCCAUCUGGUCUUUGGCCUAAUAAGUGAACUCUUACUCCAAAUGAUCGGUAGAAUAAAAGCUCCCUGGCUGCAGACACUGGUCGUCGUUGGGUUAAUUUCAUCUCCCAAUAUUAGAAUAUUAGAAUAUUAACUCACGAGGCAUUCACGUGCCCCCCCGAUGGUCCCGUUCACACAACAUAACUCAUUCAAACAGACUGAUUUGAGCUAAAAUGAAGUGUUCCCUUUACAAAGUAAGCUCUUGCAUUGAAUGCCUGCUCCUCCAUCACAAUGCGUGUAAUAAUUAUGGCCCAGUGACUGCUACAUAAAUGAUGGAUGCGUCAGGGUUCAAGCUGAUCUGUACUGGUCAUAGCUUGACGUGCUACUGAACACCAGUAGACCUGCCAGUCAUCGUCCAGCUGUGGUGUUUGGGAACCAUUUGUAAUGUGGGAAAAAACAAAACUUUGUCUCAAAACAAGCCAAAUCGUUCGCAUUACUUAAUAUAGUCAGUUAGCUGUUAGUCAUGCAAAACUAGCAUGAUCCAUGACAUUACCUUAUGUUAACGGUCAUUAGCUCUAAUGCUAGUCCGGUCCAAAAUGUCGGCUAAUGUUAGCUCUAUGCUAAUUUUAGUCAGUUACAUGUUCUGCAUUAUGGAUUUGAAGAUGAAACUAAAUUCAUAACUUUCUUGGUUAGUAUUUGUCUCUGAACCAAUUAUGUACCUUAUGUUUGCUACGUUAACUUUAGCUCCAAACAAAUGAUGACUUCCAGAAAGUUAACACAGUUCAUGAUGUUAGCUUAGCAUCCAGGACAACGAAGAAAGCUAAUGUUAGCAUUCCGCUAUGUUAGCAAGAUCUCAAAACAAGUCAAACAUUCAACAUGAGCUUCUCAGUUAGCUACAUGUAGUUAGUUCCACGUUAUGUUAGCAUUGGCUAACUAAUGUUAGCGCCUUUUGUGCUUCACCAUGUGUUUCUGAGUUAGCGAUCGGCUACGUUAGCUUCAUCCCUUAAAGUGUCAGUGUGUGUUGCAUCAGAGAGAAAUCUAACGCGGCUGAUCAAAGAGUCAUUUUGGUGACAUUUUGAGGUUAUUGUCCAAAACGCCAUCAUGUUCUGUUUUUUUUAACAAAUCUUUUUAAUGUUGGAUUUUGAGAAUGAGAUCUUCCUCAGGCUCUCUUUGUUUUCCUCAAUGUGAAGUUGUUUGUGUUUUGCUAAUUGUCUGGCCUCCUCCUCGUCCUCCUCCUCGUCCUCCUCUUCCUCCUCCUCCUCAGUCCCAUUUUGUCCCGUCUCUGUUGCCGUAGCGACUGUACAGAAGUGUGUAAACUGUCUGCAGGACGGCGUUCACACAGGGAUCCCCUGGCGGUCCCGGUUCGGGGUGUGGACCGUGUGAGUCCUCCUCCUCUCUGCUCUGUGUUCUGGAUCAGGUUUCAUUUUCUUAAUAAAGACUCAAC